GCCAGGUGCAUUCCCCCCGCCGCGCCCGGGCACGCUGCACCCGCCGGGCCCUGCGCGCCGGCCCGCGGAGAGGAGCCGCGAUGGACCGGGACCGGCCCCGGGACCGGCUUCCCGGGGCGCUGCUGCUGCUGCUGGCGCUGCUGCUCCGCGCUCCGGUACCGGGCUCCGCGCAGGCAGUGUGCGCGGGGACGCUGAACGGGCUGAGCGUGACGGGGGACGCCCAGCACCAGUACCAGACGCUGCACAGGAUGUACAACAACUGCGAGAUCGUGAUGGGCAACCUGGAGAUCGUCCUCAUCGACCACGCGCAGGACCUGUCCUUCCUGCAGACCAUCCGGGAGGUGACGGGUUACAUCCUGAUCGCCAUGAACGUCUUCUCGUCGCUGCCGCUGCGCAACCUGCGCGUCAUCCGCGGGACGCAGUUCUACGAGGAGAAGUUCGCGCUGUUCGUGCUGCUCAACUACAACCCCAACGCCACCCAUGCCCUGCGACACCUCGGCCUCAACCAGCUCACAGAGAUCCUGGCCGGCGGCGUCUACAUCGAGAAGAACGCGCAGCUGUGCCACGUGGACACGGUGGAGUGGAGGGACAUCAUGCGGGACCCCCGCCUGGAGCCCGUCGUGGGGGACAACGGCAAGGCCUGCCCCCCGUGCCACGAGAGCUGCGGUGGCCACUGCUGGGGACCCGGCCCUGAGGAUUGCCAGAAAUUGACGAAGACCAUCUGUGCCCCCCAGUGCAACGGGCGCUGCUUCGGGCGGGCGCCCAACGAGUGUUGCCAUGAGGAGUGUGCGGGGGGCUGCACUGGCCCCCUGCAGACACACUGCUUCGCCUGCCGCCACUUCAACGACAGCGGCGCGUGUGUCCCCCUGUGUCCCCAGCCCCUCAUCUACAACAAACUCACCUUCCAGCUGGAGCCCAACCCCGACACCAAGUACCAAUACGGGGGCAUCUGCGUCCGGAGCUGCCCACACAAUUUCGUGGUGGACCAGAGCUCCUGCGUCCGCGCCUGCCCCAACGACAAGAUGGAGGUGGAGAAGAACGGGUUGAAGAUGUGCGAGCCCUGCGGGGGGCUGUGCCCCAAGGCGUGCGAGGGCACCGGCGCCGGCAGCAAGUACCAAACCGUGGACUCCAGCAACAUCGACACCUUCGUGAACUGCACCAAGAUCCUGGGCAACCUGGAUUUCCUCAUCACCGGCCUGGAGGGGGAUCCCUGGCGCAACAUCUCGGCGCUGGACCCCGAGAAGCUGAACGUGUUCCGGACAGUGCGGGAGAUCACGGGGUACCUGAAUAUCCAGUCCUGGCCCAAGCACAUGCACAACUUCAGCGUCUUCUCCAACCUGGUCACCAUCGGGGGACGGAGCUUGUACAACCGAGGUUUCUCUCUGCUGAUCAUGAAGAACGAGAACGUGACGUCGCUGGGGCUGCGGUCGCUGCGGGAGGUGAGCGCGGGGCGCGUGUACAUCACCGAGAACCGCCGGCUGUGCUACCUGCACACGCUGCACUGGGCCGCGCUCAGCCGCCGCCGCAGCGACCUGGACAUCCGCAACAACAAACCCCGCAGCAAGUGCCAGCAAGAGGGGAAGGUGUGCGACCCGCUGUGCUCCGCCGAGGGCUGCUGGGGACCGGGGCCGGGACAGUGUCUGUCCUGCCGCCACUACAGCCGCCGCGGCGUCUGCGUCCCCACCUGCCACUUCACACAGGGGGACACGCGGGAGUUCGCCCAGGGGGGCGAGUGCUUCGAGUGCCACCCAGAGUGCGAGCGCAUCGAGGGCAACGUCACCUGCAACGGCUCGGGCGCCGACACCUGCACCCGCUGCGCCCACUACCGGGACGGGCCGCACUGCGUGGAGAGCUGCCCCGACGGCGUCCUGGGCGAGCGCGGCCCCAUCUACAAAUACCCCGAUGCCACCCGCGAGUGCCGGCCCUGCCAUGAGAACUGCACCCGUGGGUGCCUGGGGCCGCUGCUGCGGGACUGUCUGGGGGAGGCGCUGCCCGUCUCCAGGAAAACGCCGACGGUGGUUGCGGUGGCGGCGGUGGGGGGGUUGUUUCUCUGCUGCUCCUGCGUCCUCCUCGCCCUCCUCUACUGGCGCAGCAAGAAGAUCCAGAAGAAACGGGCGAUGCGGCGCUACCUGGAGCGGGGGGAGAGCUUGGAGCCGCUGGACCCCAGUGAAAAGGCCAACAAGGUGCUCGCCCGCAUCUUCAAGGAGACAGAGCUGAAGCGCCUGAAAGUUUUGGGCUCCGGCGUCUUCGGGACGGUGCACAAGGGCAUCUGGAUCCCCGACGGUGACUCCAUCAAGAUCCCGGUGAGCAUCAAGGUGAUCCAGGACUGGAGCGGGCAGCAGUCGUUCCACGCCGUCACCGAUCACAUGCUGGCCAUCGGCAGCCUGGACCACGCGUACAUUGUGCGGCUGCUGGGCAUUUGCCCCGGCCCCCGCCUGCAGCUGGUGACACAGCUGCUGCCCCUGGGCUCCCUCCUCGACUACGUGCGCAAGAACCGCGACACCAUCAGCCCCCAGCUGCUCCUCAACUGGUGCGUCCAGGUGGCCAAGGGGAUGUACUACCUGGAGGAGCAUCGCAUGGUGCAUCGCAACCUGGCCGCCCGCAAUGUGCUGCUCAAGUCCCCCAGCCAGGCGCAGGUGGCGGAUUUUGGCAUCGCCGACCUGCUCUACCCCGAUGACAAGAAGUAUUUCUACAAUGAGGUCAAGACCCCCAUCAAGUGGAUGGCGCUGGAGAGCAUCCACUUUGGGAAGUACACGCACCAGAGCGACGUGUGGAGCUACGGGGUGACACUCUGGGAGAUGAUGACGUUCGGGGCCGAGCCGUACGCCGGGAUCCGGCUGGCCGAGGUGCCGGAUCUGCUGGAGAAGGGCGAGCGGCUGUCGCAGCCCCCGAUCUGCACCAUCGACGUCUACAUGGUCAUGGUGAAGUGCUGGAUGAUCGACGAGAACAUCCGUCCCACCUUCAAGGAGCUGGCGAACGAGUUCACCCGCAUGGCCCGCGACCCCCCCCGCUACCUGGUCAUCAAGCAGGAGAGCGGGGCCGCCCCCCCCGCCGAGCCCCCCACCCUCAGCGACAAGGAGCUGGAUGAGAUGGAGACGCUGGAGCUGGAGGAGGAGGAAGAGGAGCUGGACGGGCCCUUCGGCCUCACCGGGCUCUACCCCCCCCGCCCCCGGGGCAGCUGUGCCCGGAGUCCCAGCUUGCUCAGCCCCCCCGCUGGCUACAUCCCCAUGAACCAGCCUGGCCUUGGCGCCCGCCAGGGUGGGGGGUGCCGCCCCCCCCGGCGCAGCCGCCAGGAGUCGCUGGGCCGGACGGUGUCGGAGUCGUCGGAGGGUCGGGGCACGGGGUCGGAGCUGGAGCCCGAGGGGGGGUCGCUGUCGGGGGGCAGCCUGUGCCGCAGCCUGCGCUCGCGGGGGGACAGCGCCUACCUGUCCCAGCGGGAGAGCUUCCCCCCCCCGCCCCCCAGCAGCGAGGGCAGCGAGGAGGACGCCAAUGGCUACGUUACCCCCAACUGCGCCGGGAGGGAGACGGACCCCAUGGUGGGCUCGAUGCCGGAGGAGGAGGAGGAGUACGAAUACAUGAACCGGCGGCCUGGGGGGGGCCCAGGAGCCCCCCCGCCCCGUCCGGCCUCGCUGGAGGAGCUGGGCUACGAAUACAUGGAGGUGGGUUCAGAACCGGGGGCCCCCCCGGGGCAGGAGGAUGAGGAAGACUACGAGUACAUGAACAAACAGCCGCGGCUGAGCCGCUCGCUGGGCAGCGUCACCGGGGGGGGGCCGGGACCCCGACACGACGUCGCGUCCCCCCGACACGACGGCUACACCGACAUGCGGCCCGGGGAGGCCCCCCCGCCCCCCCGGGAGGACGAGCAGGGCUACGAGGAGAUGGAAGCCGUGCUGGCCCCCCGCUGCCCCGGCUGCCGCGGCCCCCCAGCGCUGGCCCCCCCCGCCAUGAAGCCCCUGCGGAGCCUGGAGGCCUCGGACUGCGCCUUCGACAACCCCGACUACUGGCACAGCCGCCUCUUCGCCAAGGCGGACGCGCAGCGGACAUAGGGGACCCCCCCCGGGCACCCCGAAACCCCCCUGCCCUCUUGUCCCCCCCCCACCCCUCCCCCGGGGCUGUUUACACUGGAUAUGAAGGAUCCCCCCUCUCUUGGGGGUAUGAGCCAAAGCUGAAGGGGGGGGAGGGGGUCACAGCUCAACCCAGGGGGUUGUGAGCACUUGGGGUGCAGCCCACUCCCCCCACCCCCCUACAGAGACCCCUGGGUCCCCCCCCCCACCGCGUGGGUGUCCCCCCACCCCGGGAAGGUGCCCCCAAUGUGCAGGGGCACUGGGGGGGUCCCUGGCUGGGCUGGGGGGUCCCUGGCUGGGUGCAGCUGAGGUCAGGGGGGGUCUCUGCACCCCCAGACUCAUUUUCAGGUUCCCUGUUCCCUGCUGGGACCACAGUGAAGGUUUGGGGUGCCCCCCCCCCCCCCCCAUUUCAAGGCGGGGGGGCUGCUGUGGUCUGUGCCCCCCCCCAUCCCCAGGGAGUCCCAUUUCUGGGAUGUUUUCACCCAGUUUUUGGGGUGACCCCGGAGGGGGGGGCGCAGCCCGGACCCCCCCGCUCGGGGCAGAGCCGAGACCCCCCCCGGGGGUGCGGGUCGGGGUUGUAAAUGCCGAAUAAAGACAAAGGGAAUUGGAGCAAA